UAUGAGCCGUGCAUUAGUUUUUAGUAAAAAUUACUUAAGCAAGAAAUUUAAGAUAAAAUAACCAAACGAACUUUAUAGACAACUACUUUAUAAAAAUCAAUUAUUCUAAGAAGAUUCUUUACAAAAAGUCUCAACUGAUGAUUUAAUACAUUUUAUCAUUUUUUUUGGAACCCAUCCUGAACGUAGAAAUUAAGGAGAAAAAGCCAAAAAAAUAACUUUAGAGUGUCUGAAAUAAUAUAAGAAAAAGAUGAUCAAAAAUAGCUAUGAAAUAAACUCAUAAAUACUUUUAUCUCUUAGCAAUGUCUUGCUUUAUGAUGAGUAGAUGGUUUAAGAAAUAGUUUAAUAAGUUGAUGAAGAAAAAGAAACUCUUUCAAUCAAGGAUAUGAUUAAAUUUUAGCAUUGUCUCUACAAAUUAAACAUCCAUGAUGAAAAACUAAGUGAUUAUGUUCUUCAGAAAUUUCUUAAGCAAAAAUAGUAGGUGGAUUAUUUAGAAUAUAUUCAUGAUCUACAUAUUAGAUCAAAUCUAUUUAGAUUAGGUUUUUUAGAUGAAUAAAUUAUUUUAACUUUGUUGAAGGGAUUUUAGGCAAAAUUAAACACAUCAUAAAAUUCUCAUUAUACAUCAAAAUCAUGCUUUUAAUACUGUUAAAUAAUGUAUAAUUUAUAUCCAGAAAUAAUCGACCAACAACUUGUAGACUUAAAACCAAGUGAUGAAAACAUUUUUGCUCCUUAAUUUAAUGAUAUGGUGAAAGACUAUAUAAUUAGCAAAUAACUUGUUGAUCGUAAAAAGUUUUAUUAAUCUUUUGAAUAUUACUUAAAUUACUAGAAUUUGAAUAUAUUGAAGGUUAAAGAAGAUGCUAUUUUAAGAAAUUUAACUGAACUCGAAUAAAAUGUUUAAGAUUUGCUUAAUUAAUUAAAAUAUAAAAAUGACAGAGCAUGCCGUGUUUUAAUUUAUGAUGUUGAUUACUUAGUCAAUGAUAAAAUCAUCUUAACAUGUAAUGAUCCAGUACAUUUUGUAGAAGAUUUUGAUGGAAAGAUUUUAACAAUUAAUCCAAAUCAUAUAAUGUAGAGCAGGUAUGUAUUUAUUAAUAAGUAGAGACAUUUGAUUGCCACUAAUAAAUACAAGGUUUAUGAUAUUAAUUAUCAUGAAUGGAUAAGUUUGACAGAAUAACAAAAGAUUUAGCAAUUAAAAUCUUUUCUAGAAUGA